GUUUGUUGCAGAAGAGCGUGGCGCUGUCGUGGGCUGCCCGUAACUAGGCAGCAGCGCAUAUCUGGCAACCCAGAUUAGCAGCGGCCAGCAGCAGAUUGCCUUCUGCCAGUGUAAUAUCAACAUUGGGAAGGACGCCGUCAAAAUACAGAGAUGGCAGUGAAUGUUUACUCCACGUCAGUAACAAUUGAGAACCUGAGCCGACAUGACAUGUUGGCAUGGGUGAACGAUUCGCUUCAGCUCACCUACACCAAAAUAGAGCAGUUAUGUUCAGGGGCGGCUUAUUGUCAGUUCAUGGACAUGUUGUUCCCAGGGUGUAUUCUUUUAAAGAAAGUGAAAUUUCAAGCAAAGCUGGAACAUGAGUUUAUACACAACUUCAAAGUACUCCAGGCAGCUUUCAAGAGGAUGAACGUCGAUAAAAUAAUUCCUGUGGAAAGAUUAGUGAAAGGAAAAUUCCAGGACAACUUUGAAUUUGUCCAGUGGUUUAAAAAAUUCUUUGAUGCCAACUAUGACGGAAAAGAGUAUGAUCCCCUUCAAGCUAGACAGGGCCAGGAUGUGGCACCUUCACCAAAUCCAGGUGAACACUUUUCCCACAAACCCAAGAGAACUGGUCCCUCAGGGCCUCAGAGAACAUCGCCAACAGUACCUAAAAACAUGCCCACACCACAGAGGGUGACCACCACCAUAAGGAAGAACCCCACACAUGCCCGAAACGGGGCAAGCGAUGCUGAAAUCAUGGAGCUUAAUCAACAGUUGAUGGAGCUGAAGUUAACUGUGGACGGUCUGGAAAAGGAGAGAGAUUUCUACUUCAGCAAACUUCGAGACAUUGAACUGAUCUGUCAAGAACACGAGACCGAAAACGACCCCAUUAUCAGUAGGAUAAUUGACAUUCUGUAUGCCACAGAGGAUGGCUUUGCACCGCCAGAAGAUGAUGAAAUAGACGAGCAGGCCCACUUGGACCAGGACGAAUACUGAGCAUCCUCCUUUUCUCUUCCACAUCGUCGUGAUCCUUUACCAUUUCCUCUCCCCACCACUUUGAAUGACUCCCCCCUCUCGCACGCUGUUAAUAUCCCCUCAGUUUCCUACAAAUCUAUGGGCUCACCAUAUAUACUCUAUCUGUUUGUCCUCCGACGCUGAUUUAUGCACUACAUACGUAUCAACAAACACUCGCCGUUCUCACCCCCAUCCAGACUGUAGCACCAACAAUGACACAUCCUAGCCGUCUCAGCAUGUUUUACAUAUCGACAUAGAGAAUGAACAAAAUAAAAGGUAUCAUAGAUUGUGGGUAGCACAACGGACUGAAAAAAAAAAUGUAAAUAUUUUGACGGAAAUAGAGAAGAAAAUGAAGAAAAUUGUCUCCUGGAAUGCAGUUAUUCAUUGUGAGAUUUUCAUACGCAUUUUCUUUGAGGUCUGUUUUGGCUCCAUUCAGUAUGAAAUGAUCAGUAUCACGCCAUCCAUCUGAGUCUCCAGCUUCAGUCUGCCUCUCUCACUGACUGUACACUGUAAUCAUUUACUCAUUCUCACAUCGUUCCAAACCUGUAUGACUUUCAUCUGUGGAACAUUUGAAAAAAAAAAAAAAGAUAAUUUGUAUAAAAAGGUCACACUUUUCCAUACAAUUCCAGUGAAUGUGGAUAAAAGCCUGUUCACACCAAUAACGUUAACUAUAAAGAUAACUAUAUUUGCGUCCACACCAAAAAACGAUAACAGUCUGUUUAUUGCAAGCUCAUGUGCUGAGGUUUCAAAGUGUUUACAACAUGUUUUUGCUUUUCUUGUUGCAACUUCAAAGGAAGCAAGACAAUGUUGUCGAAACUAGCGCUGGAUACCUGAGGUAAUUUUAUAUUACACUGUUUGCUAGACUGGCAUUAUGAUCUAAUUUUUUGACUUGUCAAACAGCUGUGGCUUUUUCUGGACCUCUGCAUUUUAAAUGCGCGAGCCCUUGAAUUAUAAUGGAUUCUGAUUGGCUGUCAGUGUUUUAUUGUUCACCAGCAAAUCCUUCUGAAAGUGAUCCCAACGAUAUUGUUUCACUAAAUUUUAUUGUUAUAGCUGCGGUGUAGACACUGCCAUUCUUUUAUAUUUAGAAUGAUUUUUACAACUAUAUCUUUAUUGUUAUCAAAGUCCCUUCAAGACAAGUCAUUUCACUCGACGGCCAUCUUUGAAACGCCUCUCGGGCACGCAAGUGCAGCUCCUAUCUCUUUAAAUAGGGAAACAUCAAAUUCUCCAAAACUUUUAAGUAUAUUUUAUAUUUAAAAUCACCAAUGAAAUCUGACAGCAGCUAACUCUUAAGUUUUGUUUCUAAACUCUCAAAUCAUGACAAAAAAGGGCAUUUUUCAGGCUGGAUCAAGCUAAUGUACAUACACAGUCCUAAGUGCGCGUCUUACUGUUUCUAUAGAAACCGGAGCUUCUAACGGCCGCUGCAGUGACGCAAUGACUUUACCAAUCAGCGAUUGGCUCUUAUUUAGAAGGCGGGACUUAUUUCGCCAUAUUGCGCGUUGCACUUUCUCCCAUUCAUAAUAAUACGAGUGCACCGUCAUUCUAUGUAAAAAGUCUUUGUCGUCAUCUUUAUAGUUAUCGUUCUUGGUGAGAACGGGCAUUUAAGGCUUCAGAAAGAACACAAAUGCACCAUAAAGUAGUACAUACUAUUCGUACACUAUACGUCUUCUUAAAGCUUCUUCCAAGUGUCAAAUACACCUUUGACUGGAUAGUCGAUGAUCAGUCAGUUUCAUUCAGACUUUUUUUUUUGUUUGUUUUAAACAGAUCUAACUGAUUCAUUAAAAAUAAUUAAACAUUACAUUCUCCAUCAAGGAGAGCAGAUGGUAAAAUUUUUCUUUGAAUAACAAUGCUUCAGAAGACUUGAAAUGGAGCGCACAAUUCAUAUGUACAACAUUUAAUUUUUGUAUGGUGCUUCUGCGUCCUUUUUGAAGCUUGAACGCUUUAAUUGUACAACCAAAAUAUCAUACAGGUUUGGAACGACAUGAAGGUGAGUAAAUAAUGACAGAACUUCAUUUUUAGGUGAACUAUUCCUUCAAUGACUAAAACAAAAAGCAGACACCAUCAGGAAGAAUCCCAGUAAUAUGAAACUCAUGAAUAUUUUACAGUAUAUCUGCAAAGAUAUUGAUGUCAAUUUCGUCAGUGAUGUGAUGGAGGUAAAUGCUGAGCUGUAGAGAGGAUUUUUAUACUUUUAAAUAUGGAUGGGCCAGUGACAGGGUAAAUAAAAAAGACAUUAAAAUGUGUCAACAAUGCUUUAAAAUAUGUGAGACAACAUAACUUAUGGCACAGGUUGUUUUGCUUAUAACCAGGGAGCAUGUGAAUGUUAUACAUUGACAACUGAUGAGUGAUUGUUUAAAAGUCAUAUUUUUUUGUUGUGCUUGAUUGUGACGUUAUUCUGACACUUCAGACUGAAAAAUAGAAACUCAGUAUGGAAAGUGGUAUUACCGUCAUAUUCAUGACACCAUUGAGCAUGAGGGACAGACUCAUUGUUACUGUGUACAUUUUAUUUUAGUGGCAAUCAAACACGUGAUACUACUGAUCAGAUGAUGUCAUGUCGAAUUGAACUGACGUUUGCUGCUAGUGUUGCUGCAUUUAUGUGUUUUGUUUGUAUUUAUUUCGCUCAGCUAUUGAAUAGCAUAUGGGCUGUGCAUUCUUAACUGUAAAAGAUAACAGAUUUGUAAAAGGCCCUGAUUAAACUAAACAGAGAUGCUAGAUUCCACAGUCGUUGGUUUGAAUCUGCUUCUCUCUGUGUAGAGAACCUGUCAUCUUGUAUUGUCUCAGUAUGGCCAUAAUUGUGUUUGCAUAAAUUGUUUUGAGUAAAUAAACAUUAAUGAAAACCGUU